AGCAGGAAGUUGAGGAAUAAAGGUGUCAUUAAAACACAAGAUCAGCGCUUUCUAGCGCACACAUACGCGCGUUAUACAUCACCGGACUGAUCACUGGGAGAAUAUGCCUUAUUCAGAAGCAAGAGCAACAUGUCAGAGCAGCAUAUGGAUGACACAGCAGCUCUUACACUGAAAAACCUCCAACAUACGACGGGAUGCAGUCGAGGUGUUACCAUAAAUCCGCUGGCCUGGGCCAAGACAGACCUGACCUCCAUGACCUGCAGAUGAAGGUCGACUUCUUUCGUAAGCUGGGUUACUCUCCGCAAGAGGUGAAGGCCGCCCUGAGGAAGCUCGGCCUGGGGACGGACACCAACGCGGUGCUGGGGGAGCUGGUGCGUUCAGGGGCCAAGGCCAUGCCCUCCUCUAGCUCAGACAGUGAUGAUGGUGGGUUCAGUUUGCCCCAUCGGGGUGGAAGCUCAUCUAGGGGACAGGACUCAACGCUGGAGGACACCUCUGAACCCGAAAGUGACCUGAAACCUAUUGUUAUUGAUGGCAGCAACGUGGCCAUGAGUCAUGGGAACAAGGAAGUGUUUUCCUGCCGUGGGAUUGAGCUGGCAGUUAAUUACUUCCUUGACCGAGGACACAGAAAUAUCACUGUGUUUGUGCCUUCCUGGAGAAAAGAGCAGCCCAGACCUGAUGUACCUAUUUCAGAUCAGCAUAUUUUGGAAGAGCUGGAAAGGAAGAAGAUUCUUGUAUUUACACCUUCACGAAGGGUCGGAGGAAAGCGUGUGGUCUGCUAUGACGAUCGGUUUAUUGUCAAAUUAGCUCACGAUCUGGAUGGCAUUAUAGUGUCGAACGACACAUAUCGUGACCUGCAAAGUGAACGUCCAGAGUGGAAACGUUGCAUUGAGGAGAGAUUGCUUAUGUACUCCUUUGUUAAUGACAAGUUUAUGCCACCUGAUGACCCUCUCGGUCGUCAUGGACCCAAUUUAGAUAAUUUUCUUCGGAAAAAGGUGAUGUUGCUUGACCACAAGCGACAACUCUGUCCAUAUGGAAAAAAAUGCACAUAUGGGAUCAAGUGUAAGUUCUACCACCCAGAGCGCACAAACCAGUCACAGCGUUCUCUAGCCGAUGAGCUUCGAGAGAAUGCCAGACGGUCUGGUUCAAAAGAGGACAGCAGAGUAACUGGGCCACUAAGAGGCAUGUACCCAAGAAAUGACCCUGGUUUUGGGUCCUGCUCACCCUCUUUGGAGCAAGAACUGGAACAAAAGCUCAACUUGGAUCCCAAGAGCUCUGACGGCGGGGAUGUUAUGCUCCAGUACUGGGAUGACAUUUUGUCCACAAAAAAGCCCUUAUAUACAGCCACAGUGGGACAACGCAGUGCUUCGGCAGACAGAACCAGUCUGCUAGCACCUUACCCAACAAACCCUUCGUCCAUUUUCAGUUCUGACUCAGGGCUUGGAUCCUACCAAAGCCAGUUUUCAGAUCCAUCGCAGAGCAUUGAGUUGCAUAGGAUGAGAUCCAAUCAUUCACCAAUGUCUGGUAACCCUGGUGUACCUGCAGGUGGCCAAUGCUACUAUGACAACAUGAGUCCUUUCUCCAACCAUCAGCCCAAAUUUGGUGCCUGCAGCUCCCUACCUCUGCCUAACCCUGUCCAGCAUUACAGUCUUCCUGCUUACGGUGCCUGGUCUUACCCUUUCUUCUUAACACAGGCAACCAGUUUACCUGAACCUAUACCCUGUCCUAGCUCGCAUAUGUCUCCCGGUGUCUAUGGAAGCCAGAAGCACUCAGGCAUGCCACAGUCCAAUGCUUUCCAGGAAGAAAGAGAGGAGGUCAGGAAGAAGCUUCAUGCGAUUUUUAACCCGCAUCAUGUAAACAAAGUCAUGGAAAUGUUCCCGCAGCUGAAAGAUGCGCAGCAGUUGGCGGCAGAGGUUCUCAAACUCAAGUCCAGGGGAGAGUUCUUCUGAUUCACUGAAACUUUGGGAUCAUAAAAAAAAAGACGGCAUGCCAAGUUUCUCGAAAGAAAGAGUCUCUACAUUCUCAGAAAAAAUGUGCAAAAAUUGUACCUUUUUAGGGGUACUUUUUUACCCUUAACAAGUUUGUAGUAGUGCUUGGUAGUAAAGGUACCUAUUACUACUCUAAGGUAUUAGUAUACACCUUUUAGGGGGAGAUAAGAUACAAACUUGUCAAUUUAGUGGUAUAACAGCUUGUCAUUGGGGCACUCCCCAAACUUUGGUGUUGUACCUCUAAAGGUAAAAUUUUUGCAAUUGUACCUUUAUUUCUGUAGCUUUGGUAGCUCUUUUCUGUGUUUUGUGCUCCUUUAAAGUCUCAGAAACCUUAAUGACUUAUCACAUAGUACGUGUGGUAACUCUGUAUGACUACAAAGUCAAAUUUGUGUCUAGAUGUUUUUAAGAGGUUGAUGCACAUUGCAUCAAUUGUUGCUCCUAACGUGUAGCAAACUGUACAGUACCUUGGCUCGAAGGCUACAGAUUUGGUUUUGGACAGAACCUGAAAUGUAAUUUGAGCAGUCUAAAUAUAGUUGUAUGUAAUUGCAGUCAUUAAGGAACCGCCCUGUUUUCAAUGUUCAGAGUAAUUUUGUAGUUAGUAAGUCUGCUGCUAAUUGUUCAUUCAAAGCAGCUCCACCACAGAAUCACUUAAAAUAGUAGUAGGUGUGAUUCCUUGUCUCCUGCACUCUUUUCAUUGUAUUUCUUUGUUUCGGGUAUUAGGGGUGGGAAUCCUCUGAUAGAUUUUCAUUACAAUACUUAAGUCAAACACUGUGAUUUGACUCUGUGACGCAUUGCAUUUUGUUGAAACUUACCAAAGUGCUGGACAUCAUAUUUAAUUGUGCUUCAAUGUUACGUUUCAUAUCAGGUUGGUUCUACUAUGUAACUCUGAGCUUGUGGAUUUUGAUGAUUUGAAUGUACAAAGGACAUCUCACAUCUUUCCUUCUAUGCAAAAUUGACUUUCAUCAUCUCAUUGUUCAAACAUCCGCUCUCAAACAACAGAAGAGCGAAUUAUUUGCACUAAUUAGUCAUGAUUUUACAUUUAUGCAUGUCAAUAUGUCAAAGGCUUGACAUAACGAUGUAUAUUAUACAAUGAAUAAUUAUACAAAAUAUUGAGGCUUUAGAUGUGUCAAUUCAUGGAGACAAUAAUGAUGAAAGUUAUUAUAAUAUAUUAUGCUGAUGUUUUAUCCACUGUUUUCAAAUGAGCAUAUAGGCAUUUGUGUAAUCAUAACACAUUUAUGUCUUCUAACAUCUAUAUGAAUGUGAACAAAUUCAAAGACACUAUCAGUGAGUACGAGUUUGUACAAUUUCAUGUUUUCUCUUCAGAGGAGACAGUUAUAGCUGAUUUUUAAUUAUAGCAUCUGUUUGCAAAGAUGUUCCAUAGACAUUAUCUUUUGCGCUCUUGUUCUUGUUCUGUUAAUUUUUCAGUUCUAAAAAUUUCAUAAAAGUCAACGAUAACAGU